AGAUCAUCCUGCCUUCUGAGUGCCAGGAUUACAAUGUGCCACCACACUGGCCUCUGAUUUUUUUUUGUUUUCCAUUCCUAUUUUCCCACUUCUUAAAACAUAAAUCACUCAGGGCUUGUGGAGUGGCUCAAGUGGUAAGCCCACCUGCCUAACAAGCGUGAAGCUCGGAGUUCAAAACAUAAAUCACUCCUAUGUUGGCUCCCUACUUUGUCUCUUCUGUUUAUGUCAUCUUCUCACUAAUUACCUUUCUCUCCUUUGUAGUCUAUGUGGUUUUUCUCAAACCUGUCCUUCAUCUCACUGCUUUUGUUUUUCCUUUAAAAAAAAAAAAAAAAAGGUUAUUUUUCAAACAGAGUCUUAGGGUAAUUUGCCAGGCUGUGCUUAAACUUCUAUCCCCUUCUUCCUGAAUAGCUAAAAUUACAGCCAUGCACCACACCCAGCUGCUUCUCUUUUUAACAGUGUGAUUUGUAUUUGAGCUCCUGUAGUCUACAUUUCUUUGAUUCUUUUAUUCUUUUCUGAUGUGUGCCAGGUUACUUUUUCCCUUGCCAUUGUUUUACCUCUUUGGUCUCCUUUCUUGGAUUCUGUAGUGUGUGUGUGUGUGUGUGUGUGUGUGUGUGUGUGUGUGUGUGUGUGUGUAAGUGUGUGUGUAAGUGUGUGUGUAAGUAUUGAAGUCUCCCCCAUCCUUACCCCCUGCUUGCCACUUGAGCCAGGUUCCCAGCCCUCUAAUUUAUAUUUUGUUUUUUGAGCUAGGGUCUCAUUAAUUUUGCCCAGAGUGGUCUCAGAUUCUUGAUCAUCCUGCCUCUGCGUCCCAAGUAGCUGAGAUUACAGGUGUGCAGGCUAGUUAUUGAAGUUUUUUUUAGAAAUUUUCUUUUUUCUGGAGCAGUUGCUUGAAAGGAUACUUUUCACCUUUGUUUGUGUACUUUUUCAUUCUGCUGUAUCUAUGCAUAGGUCCUACAUUGGCUCCUUUUUGCUUUUUACUUAUUUUGAAUGAAAUAGUUCUGUCAGUGCUUCUCUUUACCAAAGAACAACAUAGGUGGAGUUUCAUUGACUUCUAUAUACCUUGCCCUGUUAUAUAGUAUCUAUAGUACAUAAUGGUACAUUGUAUCUUUAACACUUGAGUUAGAGGGUUGACUUUUGUUACAGUUUAUUAUCUGUUUAAUCUAGCUUCUUCCAGGGAGAGGGAUAGAAACUUUAAUUUGUGUAUUUCUUUGUUUUUGUUUUUGUUUUUGAGAUGGGUCUCAUGUAGAUCAGGGUGGCCUUAUAUGCACAAUCCUCCUGCCUCUGUCUCAUGGGUGCUGAGAUUACAGGUUUGAACCACCAUGCUUACCUGAAUUAGUGAGUUUCUUUUGAUAAUUUGUAUUAGCUUUCUUUUUCACUGAGGCAUUUAGGCAUAUGGACCUAUGGAGGGUUCCUGCUGGGUUAGAACUAUUUCUCCCCCUUUGUCAGAGGCAAGCAAGUUGUUUUGGCUUAAAACUGGGCCCUGCAGUCUUGUGUGUUGCUCAGAUUUUGGGGUUUGUGGUCAGUUUUAUUUUUGCUGAUCCCCUUUGGUCUGUGGUUGCAAAUCUUAUUUCUUGGGUCCAAAAUCCCAGAAAUUUAGUCCACUCUUCAGUAUGGGAAAGGUCUCUUAAUGAAAUGAGAUGUUCUUUAAUUCUCUCAUGAUCUUUCUGAUACCACCUCCCCCACCUCAUGUCAGUGUAAGAUUGAUGGCUGGCUUCAGAAACUUUUAGUUAUUCUUAAAUAAAUCUGUUCUUGACUAAUAUUCACAGAACUGGAUAUUAGCUAAAGGUGUCCUCUUUCAGUUUAGUCUGAGUUUAAAAUAUCUGACAGUUGUUUCUCAUUUUAUUUUAUACUUUAUUGUUAGAGACAGGGUCUUGCUAUAUUGCCAAACUGGGCCCCAAACUCCUGGGCUCAAAUGAUGCUCUUGCAUCAACUUUCCUAGUAGCUGGGAUUAUAGGUAUGUGCUAUCACACUGCGGGUGUGGCACCUAUUCUUGAUAGUCUAUUUCAGGAAGUUGUGACCUUUCUUUAGAUGCAUAAUUUUUUUCUUUUUCAUGGUGAUGGGAUAUGUAUGUGACUCAUUUUAUUGUUUUUCAGGGAGAAGAGUUAAAUAAUUGUGUAUUCACUGUAAUAUCCUUAUAAGAAAAUGUAUGAACUUUAAAGUUAAAUAAUAUACAUAAAACACUUGGUAUGGCAUUUGAUACAUUGAAAGUAUUUAAUAGAUGGUAGCUUAUUAUUUGUUUAUUAUCUGCUCAUCAGAAUGUAAGUUCCAUGAGGUCAGGGACCUUGUCUGUUUUAAUUAUGAUGUUACCAGGUCUUAGAAUAGUGCUUUUCAUAGAAGGUGCUUAGUAAUUAUUGUUGAAUGAAUGAUCAGGGAGUUUGGGUUUUGGCUGUGGAAUGAGGAGUUAAAAGACAGGAAAAGAAAAAAGUCUGACCCUGAAUAAAUAUCUUCUGCCUUCCACUCAUUGGUAUGUCUCUGUGCAGGGCAGCCAUUUUGGGGGGUGCUGAUGGAUACCUGCGGGGUCGGCUGUGUUGCCCUGGGGGAGGCCGGCCCCGUGGGGAACAUGACAGUGGUAGAUUCUCCUGGACAAGAUGUGCUAAACCAGCUUGAUGUCAAGGGCUCCUCUGAAACAACCAGUAUGGAGGCUUCCAUAGAGAUGUCAUUACCUGCCACUUUGCCUGGAUUUGAGGAUUCUCCUGAUGUGGCAAGGCUUCCUCUGAAGCAGGAAAACCUCUCCGGAUUAGAAGAGCAAGAUUUUUCUUCAGAGAUGUCAAAGUUCUCAAAACCUAGGGCCUCACAGCCUGCCCGGAAGAGAGGUAGUAGGACACCACAAGGCCCCAAAAGGCCCCAACAGCGUAAAAUUCCAGCAGCCCCUCUGGUUCCUACUCUCUUAGAUCAGUCCAACCCUCUAUCCACCCCCAUGCCUAAGAAACGAAGUCAAAAGUCCAAGGGAGACUUACUACUGCUGAAGUUGUCAAAAGGCCUAGAUCAGCCGGAGUCUCCACAUCCAAAGAGGCCCCCUGAGGACUUUGAGACUCCUGCUGAGGAACGACCCCGUCGGAGGGCUGCCCAAGUGGCACUUCUGUAUCUUCAGGAGCUGGCUGAAGAACUCUCCACAGCCCUUCCUGCCCCAGUGUCUUGUCCUCCUAAAAGUCCCAAGGUUGAGGCUGAAGAAGGAGAAGAAAGUGAGGCCCCAAGCGAGAGCUCAUCCGACCUUGAGCCUGCAGUGCCCCGAAGCAACCCACGUGGAUCCACUUCAGGGAAGCAGAAGUCACACUGCCGGGGCAUGGCUCCCAAUGGCUUACCCAAUUACAUCAUGGCUCCUGUUUGGAAGUGCCUCCACCUCACCAAGGACCUCCGAGAACAGCAGCAUUCAUUCUGGGAGUUUGCUGAAUGGAUUCCUGUAGCCUGGAAGUGGCAAUUGUUAUCUGAACUUGAAGCAGCUCCCUACCUGCCCCAGGAGGAGAAGUCUCCACUGUUUUCUGUGCAGCGUGAAGGGCUUCCUGAGGAUGGCACGCUCUAUCGCAUAAACAGGUUUAGCUCCAUCACAGCACAUCCAGAGCGCUGGGACGUGUCCUUCUUCACAGGGGGGCCACUCUGGGCUCUGGAUUGGUGCCCAGUGCCGGAGGGGUCAGCAGCCUCGCAGUAUGUGGCCCUUUUCUCCAGCCCUGACAUGAAUGAGACCCACCCACUGAGCCAGCUUCACUCAGGCCCUGGGCUGCUGCAGCUCUGGGGUCUUGGAACCUUGCAGCAAGAAAGCUGUCCUGGCAACAGGGCCCACUUUGUCUAUGGGAUUGCUUGUGACCAUGGCUGUAUCUGGGACCUCAAGUUCUGCCCCAGUGGAGCAUGGGAACUUCCAGAAACCCUUCGGAAGGCUCCUCUUCUGCCCCGGUUGGGUCUCUUGGCUCUUGCCUGCUCAGAUGGGAAGGUGCUGCUGUUCAGUCUGCCACAUCCUGAGGCCCUGCUGGCUCAGCAGCCCCCAGAUGCGAUGAAGCCUGCCAUCUAUAAGGUACAAUGUGUAGCAACCCUUCAAGUGGGUUCUAUGCAAGCUUCAGACCCCUCUGAGUGUGGUCAGUGCCUUAGCCUGGCCUGGAUGCCUACCAGGCCCCACCACCACCUGGCUGCUGGAUACUAUAAUGGCAUGGUGGUUUUCUGGAACCUUCCCACUAACUCACCUCUGCAACGGAUACGGCUCCCUGAUGGCUCCUUAAAGCUGUACCCCUUCCAGUGUUUCCUAGCCCAUGACCAGGCUGUGCGUACAAUUCAAUGGUGCAAAGCAAACAGUCAUUUCCUAGUCUCUGCAGGAAGCGACCGAAAAAUCAAAUUCUGGGAUCUUCGACGACCUUAUGAACCAAUAAACUGUAUCAAACGCUUCUUGAGUACAGAGCUGGCUUGGCUGCUCCCCUACAAUGGUGUCACUGUGGCUCAGGACAACUGCUAUGCCUCUUAUGGACUCUGUGGAAUUCAUUAUAUUGAUGCUGGCUACCUUGGUUUCAAAGCCUACUUCACUGCUCCUCGAAAAGGCACUGUCUGGAGUCUUUCAGGAUCCGACUGGCUUGGGACAGUAGCUGCAGGAGAUAUAUCUGGGGAGCUUAUCGCAGCUAUAUUGCCUGAUAUGGCAUCGAACCCAAUAAAUGUCAAGAGACCUGCAGAGCGAAGAUUUCCUAUCUAUAAAGCAGAUCUGAUCCCAUAUCAGGACAGUCCUGAAGGUCAAGAGUACUCUUCUGCUUCAUCUGGGGCCCCCAACCCUCCCAAAGCUAAAACAUAUACUGAAACUAUCAACCAUCACUACUUGCUUUUUCAAGACACAGAUUUGAGUUCCUUCCACAAUCUGCUCCGUAGAGAACCAAUGCUGCGCAUGCAGGAGGGUGAGGGACAUUCUCAGCUUUGCCUGGAUAGGCUGCAGCUUGAGGCUAUUCAUAAGGUACGUUUCAGCCCAAACCUGGACUCCUAUGGAUGGCUGGUAUCUGGGGGGCAGUCAGGGCUGGUUCGGAUCCAUUUUGUCCGUGGACUCACCUCCCCAUUGGGCCACCGUAUACAGCUUGAAAGCCAAGCCCACUUCAGUGCUAUGUUCCACCCAUCCUUCCCAACUGAAGGGCUGGGUUUCCCUCCAGCCAGCCAUUGCCUUCUGCCCAAUCCCUAGUCUUGGUCCACACAGGACCCUUGGAAUGAAGUCCACCAAGAACAAAUGGCCUCCAUGCACAGAGCCAUAGGAACUGGGCCCUUUCUGGACAGUGAUGGUGCCAGGCCUGGAUCUUUAGGCCUACCUCCCCAGGACUCCUUAAAUCUUUCUCUUUCCACAGACUUAUGGUCAUAGCCUCCUGCGGGUAGGGGGGCUCUCCCUCCACAACAAGUCCUUUACCUAAAACCAUGGCUCACAAGAAACACUCAGGCCUCACCUAGGCUUGGGAAUCAAAUUGCUCAUAUUGAGCAUAUUGUGAAGUGGGUAAAGCUAAGUAAAGGUACUGGGUGUUUUUGAGACCACUUGUGAGUGGGUGUUUGGAGAAUUGGAAAGAGUAUCUGCAUGAAGGCUCCUAUUUCCAGGAUCCAAUGUUACUGCCUUCCCAAACUUCCUCUUUAAAGUUACCAACACACAGGCCCAACAGGGGUGACAGUAAUUUAUUGGACUAAAGCUGCUUAUAGAUCUUCCUUUACUGAGGAACACCACAAACACCCUAUAGAACAGUGGUUUAGCUCUUAGUUGCCCCUGCUUUUGAAAUAUUCCCAGUCACUGGUCAUUUGACCCUACUUGAACACUCUUAGCAGUAGUGUUUUAAAAAUCUUCCUUUAAAGCUGGGCAUGGUGGCACAUGCCUGUAGUCCCAGCACUCAGGAGGCUGAGGCAGGAGGAUCAUGAGUUUGAGGCCAGCCGGGGCUACAUAGUGAGACCCUGACUCAUAAAACCAAAAA